AGAGAGGCGGUUUCAUCGGUUUCAGUGUAGAGGCAAGUUGCGCCAAGUCCUUCAAUCAUUUUAUAUUGUCGGUAACGGGUUGGUUAAAGCCGAGUUAGUGCAGGCUCCGCGAACAUUUGAUCUGUCAGCAAAGGGAGAGUCUCGUUACGCGAGUUCAAUUUUAUUGUACCAUGUUAAAUCGGACAGAUAAAUUAAGCUAGUGACAUCUAUAGUUUCUACUCAUAGUAUCUAUCUAUCAAAGACUACUAAUUUUAUCUGUGAUAUUAGUUAUGAUUUUAAGGAUUCUAUUACACUAAAUAUAAGAUUACGAUAUAAGAAAUGGCUACAGUAGACGGCCGUCCUUCGAAAUAUGGAAUAUCCUUGAAACAAUUGCGCGACCUCAUGGAACAUCGAGGUCGCGAAGGAAUCACAAAAGUACAAGACCUAGGAGGGGUACAAGAAAUAUGUAAAAAAUUAUACACAUCACCCAGUGAAGGUCUGAGUGGUUCACGAGUAGAUUUAGAUCAUAGAAGAGAAACAUUUGGUUCGAAUUCGAUACCUCCCAAGCCUCCGAAAACUUUUAUGCAGUUAGUAUGGGAAGCUUUACAAGAUAUUACCCUUAUAAUUUUAGAAGUAGCAGCCAUAGUGUCUUUAGGUCUUUCGUUUUACCAACCGCCUCAAGAGGAUCAACCUUUUGAUGACGAUGAGACGAGUCAUGGUUGGAUAGAGGGUUUGGCCAUUUUAAUUUCCGUUAUUGUAGUUGUAUUUGUAACAGCGUUUAAUGAUUAUACAAAAGAAAGGCAAUUUAGGGGUCUUCAAAAUAGAAUCGAGGGCGAACACAAAUUCUCUGUCAUUCGGCAAGGAGAAGUCAAACAAAUCUCGGUCAGCGAUAUAGUUGUAGGUGAUAUUUGCCAAAUUAAGUACGGCGACCUUUUACCAGCCGAUGGUAUGCUUAUACAAUCCAACGACUUAAAGGUGGACGAAUCAUCGUUAACCGGUGAAUCGGACCACGUUAAGAAGGGAGAGAACUACGAUCCGAUGAUAUUGUCCGGUACGCACGUGAUGGAGGGUUCGGGAAAAAUGCUGGUGACCGCCGUCGGCGUGAAUUCGCAGGCCGGCAUCAUUUUCACGUUGCUGGGCGCUGCGGUCGAUCAACAGGAGGCCGAGAUCAAGAAGAUGAAGAAAGAAGCUAAAAAGCAGCGGAAGAAGAAAAGUUUGACAGGUGACGACGAAAACGUGACGGGCAACAGUCACAUGAACUCGCCAGCGCCGGUUGUCAACAAACACGAAGAAGCUCAAGACGGCAAAGAAAAUCACGUUCAAUCAUCUGGCACAGCGCCUGAGCCGCCGAAGAAAGAAAAAUCCGUGCUGCAGGCCAAACUCACCAAGCUUGCAAUUCAGAUCGGUUACGCCGGCUCCAGCAUUGCUGUGGUCACCGUCGUCAUUCUGAUGAUCCAUUUUUGCAUCAAAACGUUCGUUUUCGAGAAACAACCGUGGAAAAAUUCUUACGCCAACACCUUGGUGAAACAUCUUAUUAUCGGUGUUACGGUACUUGUCGUCGCUGUUCCAGAAGGUCUACCGCUAGCUGUCACUCUCUCCCUGGCUUACAGUGUCAAGAAAAUGAUGAAAGACAACAAUUUAGUCAGGCAUUUGGACGCUUGCGAAACAAUGGGCAACGCCACGGCAAUCUGUUCGGACAAAACCGGCACGUUGACGACCAAUCGCAUGACCGUCGUGCAAUCGUACAUCUGCGAGCAACUUUGCAAAACGAUGCCGAAAUUUUCGGAUAUCCCCAGCACAGUUGGCAAUCUGAUUCUGCAAGGUAUCGCCGUCAACUGCGCCUACACGUCGAGAAUCAUGCCUGGUGACGACGCAAACGAUCAGAUGAAGCAAGUCGGUAAUAAGACCGAGUGCGCCCUGUUAGGUUUCGUGAUCAACUUGCAAAAGAACUAUCAGACAGUCCGAGACGAUUUUCCCGAGGAAAGUUUCACCAGAGUGUACACGUUCAACUCUGUGAGGAAGUCCAUGAGUACUGUGAUCCCGAGACAGGGCGGCGGCUUCAGACUAUUCACUAAAGGUGCUUCAGAAAUAAUUUUAAACAAGUGUGCCUUUAUUUACGGUCACGACGGCCGUUUGGAGAAGUUCACGCGAGACAUGCAGGAGCGCCUACUGAAACAGGUGAUCGAGCCGAUGGCGUGCGACGGCUUGAGAACGAUUUGCGUCGCUUACAGGGAAUUCGUGCCGGGAAAGGCGGAAAUCAACCAGGUGCACAUCGAUAACGAGCCGAACUGGGAGGACGAGGAGAACAUCGUCAACAACCUGACUUGCCUCUGCGUGGUCGGCAUCGAGGACCCCGUGCGUCCCGAGGUGCCCGACGCGAUCAGGCGAUGCCAGAAGGCCGGCAUCACCGUCAGAAUGGUGACCGGCGACAACGUCAACACCGCCCGAUCGAUAGCCACCAAGUGCGGCAUCGUCAAGCCGAACGAGGACUUCCUCAUCCUCGAAGGCAAGGAGUUCAACAGGAGGAUCAGGGACAGCACCGGGGAAGUGCAGCAGCAUUUAUUGGACAAGGUGUGGCCCAAGUUGCGCGUGCUCGCGCGCUCAUCGCCCACCGACAAGUUCACUUUGGUCAAAGGCAUCAUCGACAGCAAAGUCAGCGAGAACAGGGAGGUGGUGGCCGUCACCGGUGACGGUACCAACGACGGGCCUGCUUUGAAGAAAGCCGACGUCGGAUUCGCCAUGGGUAUUGCCGGUACGGAUGUGGCCAAAGAAGCGUCGGAUAUUAUUUUAACAGACGACAACUUCAGCAGUAUUGUGAAGGCUGUUAUGUGGGGAAGGAAUGUGUACGACAGUAUAGCGAAGUUUUUGCAGUUCCAGCUUACUGUCAACGUUGUUGCCGUUGUUGUAGCAUUUAUCGGUGCUUGCGCUGUACAAGACAGCCCCCUGAAGGCGGUACAAAUGUUGUGGGUAAACUUGAUUAUGGACACACUAGCUUCUCUAGCUCUAGCAACCGAACUUCCCACUAGUGAUUUAUUGUUAAGAAAACCCUAUGGUAGAACUAAACCCCUCAUUUCCCGUACCAUGAUGAAAAAUAUUUUAGGACAAGCAGUCUACCAAUUGACUGUUAUCUUCGCGUUAUUGUUUGUCGGUGACAAAAUGUUGGACAUUGAGAAUGGCAGAGGCACAGACAUUUCUCACGGACCAAGUCAGCACUUCACCGUCAUCUUUAACUCGUUCGUUAUGAUGACGUUGUUCAAUGAGUUCAACGCCAGGAAAAUCCACGGACAGAGGAACGUUUUCGAGGGAAUUUUCACCAACCCCAUCUUCUACACCAUCUGGAUCGGCACGUGUGCCUCGCAGGUGGUCAUCAUUCAGUAUGGUAAGAUGGCGUUCGCGACGAAGAGUUUGACUCUCGAGCAGUGGCUUUGGUGUUUGUUCUUCGGAGUUGGCACCUUGUUGUGGGGCCAGUUGGUUACGACGGUGCCCACAAGAAAAAUACCCAAAAUUCUUUCAUGGGGUCGAGGACACCCUGAAGAGUACACUGAAGCAAUAAACAUUGGAGAGGAGAAAUUUGACAUUGACUCAGAUAAGAAACCGAGGGCGGGUCAGAUAUUGUGGAUAAGAGGUCUAACUAGAUUGCAAACCCAGCUGCGAGUAAUCAGAGCUUUCAAGUCGACCCUGGAGGAUCUGGAGGAGAGACGUUCGGUACAUAGUUUACACAGCUUACACAGUUUGCGCAGCUCGCGCAGCCACACGGGCCCUUGGCCUCCCCGUCCGUUCUCAGACAUCACAUACAUUGACGAGGACCCUACUGCAACGAAAUUGUCGUCGCAGCAGGCGGCGUCGAGAAGCGACGAGCAACGUCUCUUGUCCCCAAAUACCUUGAGAAUACCUUCCGCUCAUCACCACCAUCAACAACACCCCUCUCCCAAUUCUCAAGGGGCUUCCAACAACUCCGAUCUGCCGAAACCUAUCCAUGAGACUCGCAUUUAGUGCCGGUCGUGGCCUCAAGGCCGCCGCCGCCGCGUACCUAAGACCUUUGAAAAGGCUUACUCGUGCGAUAACAUCCAUAUCAAUAUCAAUCACGCGUACUUAUCUAGCAGUCCGAAUAAAAGGAAACCAAUAACCAGCAGCGUUAAUAGCAAUGCAACAGCAAGAGUAGUAGUAGCUAAAGCAAUAAAAAUGCCUGCCUGUUUCGCCGCCGCUGCCGCUGCCGCCGCCUCAGCCACUGUUGCAUCAAGCAGUAGUUCGCCGACGUCCCAAAUGCCUACCCAUACCACCAAUACCACCACCACCACAAAUACUACCAUCACACCCAAGCGCCACCCGAUCCGAACCGACAACAACCGAGUCAGCAAGAGUUGAUUAGUUGACGACAACCAAACCUGAAUUCGAUCCCCUUUUUACUAUCGUUCGUUGUUUUAGCUUUUAGCACUAUAAGUAGAAUACUAAUUACUGACUUAUUCACUCUAUAAUCAGACCAAACCAGAUUAUUUUUUGUACAUAAAUUUACUCGUCGUUCACUGUAGCAUCUAGCUGAAUGUAUAGCUGUGUAUUUUUUUAGUUAGCCUUACAACUACACCGUUGUUCCAACCACAAACGCCCCAUCCGCAAUGUUAAGUAAUUGUUACUUAAAAUUGUGCGUGCGGCGUUUUUGCUUUGCUCGGCAGUUGAGGCUUUUUCCCGCUGCCCAAAAGACCGUUUUCCAAAUUUUGAACGCUCUUUUAGCCGGUCGGAAAAACCCUCAUAUAUUAUUAUCCAGGUUAGUGGUAAUGGAGAGAAAUUGUUACGUUUUUUUACGCAUGCGCACACUAACUGCGAGUCAACUGUAUUUAGUGUCGAUGGCCAGCAAAUAAUUACUUAAUUUUAUUACAAGACAGACCAAUUUGAUAUUUAUCAUACGAUACGACCCCCUUAAUGCGCUGAUUUUAUUUAUAUUUUUGUGAGCAGGCCACAAUUACUUACUCGUUUUUAUUUAUAGGUUAUUUCUAUUUAGCUAAUAUACUUAAGUGUUUUAAUAUCUAUAUCUAUAUAUAUAUGGGUCUAACUCUAUCUAGAGACAAUCCAUUUUUCCUUUCCAUCCUCAUAUUCACACCCGCAGUAUUCCAAACAAAAUAUAUAAAUAUAAAUGGAUGUCUCUGGUUUAGGUUGGCCCUCAAUAUUAAGCUCUGUUCUUUAUACAAAUAACAUAAAAAAAUCGGCAAUGAGCCAUGUUGUAGAUACACUGUUUCGAGCAAUCGUGUAUCUGUUGAUUUUAUUAAUUCAUGAACAUGUGUAAGCUGCACAACAUGAUUUAACAACAUUCGUAACUUUGUCAUUGUGCCUUUGUGUAUCGUUAUUUUAUUAUACGGUUAACAGCUUCCACUUGUUCGCAUUCAGGCCUUAAGUGUCCCAGAAAGUUGUUCCAUGAACAUUUACAUCGAAAAUAAUUUUAAUAAUAAUUAAUGCACUUCCUGGGACGCAUACGGCCAUUUCUUCUCAGGUUAUUUAGUUCAGUUAAUAGAUCUGCAAUUUUGCCUGAAUCCUCUUUGACACGCAUGCUUCAAACAUAAUUUGAACCCAAAGAUUUCAGCCAUAUGUAAAAUAUUUUUAUUAUAAUUACACUUUUUUUAUUUUCUUAGAGGGUAUGCGUAUAUUAAAACAGAGUAAGUGGAACCGAAAAGUUAAAUAUUUUAUCUUGUUUUUUUAAAAGAGUUAGUAGCUGACUAGACGAUGAAGUAAGUAAUAUGCCUAUUUUAUUUUACUACUCACAUUUACUUUAUAUUUAAUAUUACACCAUUCAAACAAUUAAAUUUAUGUUCUUCCAUUUUAUAAUGUUUGAGGUAUGUGUGGUAAACGAUGAAAAGGUGCUUUGUAGAUCUAGCAACAUGUAUAUAUGCCGUUCUACACACAAUAACAUAAUAUGUUAUUUUAUGUAGAAGGACCUUUUUAUGGCCGUAUGCACAAACGUUCUUUGCUUUUUUCAAAAGUCACAUUUUUAUCAGAAAACGACCUCUAUAUGAAGCAGUAAACCAAUCAGAGCACAGCACGCAGUGUGCUGUGUAAAAUGCUGUGCUCUGAUUGGUUUGCUGCUUUCUAUAGAAAAUGAUCUCCAUAGGCGAACGUUUGUGCACAUGGUCAUUGUAGUAUCUUACUAUCUUACUCUGUGCACUUAUCUAUUGUAUGUCUAUCACUGUCUUACUCGUACCACUCUUAACGUUGCCCUUUACUGAUAGGUGAUAGGUGGUGAAUUGCAGGAGAGAUUGAUUCCGGUACCAUACAGCAAGAGUUCAACUGACCAAGCU